AGCUCCAAGCCAACCUGCAUACCAUUCUCCCAGAACUCAUCAGCUCCUACCCGAUCACAUAGAAAGAAUAGAUUCCACUACAAGAGGUGCUUUGGUACAUAUACGCUUUGCUUAUCACGAGUUAGUAACGCUGACACGCCCCUCCUAUUCCCCCGGCUUCUGAUUUAUCCCAGUUGAAGGGCGGACUGGCACAAGUACCUAUCAGGUGGUCUACGAAAGAUGACGACCUUUGCCCCCAUAUCGUUCGUGGCGCCCAUGCCCCAAGCGCCCAAGCAUCAUGUGUCGGCCUCCAAGCACAAGAGCCUGGCUCCAGCAGCCUCUGGUGUGGAGGCUGCCAACAUUCCCAAUCCUGAACAGUUGAUCACCUACGUGUUUCCAGACUUCAACGCAGCAAACUACUUCCAGAAGGAGUUUGUCAGCUCCAACGAGUUUUUCAUCAUGGAGGAGUCGCAGGUCUCGGGAUUCGACCUUUAUCUUGUCGAACAAUGGGUGAAUGCCCGCAAAAUCGGCUCGGUGGUGGCAACCUACACCGGAGACAUCAGCUCCUCCAUUUCAGUCAUCAAAUUUACCAUCAUCAAGAAACAAUCAAAGUACUACCCCAUUCGCCUACAAGAAUAUUUAAACGAAUUGAUGACCAACCAUGCCAAGAUCAAGAAAAUGGACGAGCGUUUGCCCCAAAGAAAUAGUGCUUCCCAGAGUAAUUUGGCGUCCAUUUCUUCGGUGACCCCGUCAACCCUCCCAGAACCUUCCCUCUCCUCCUCCCACAGAGGCCAACCGGACGAAGUCUGUUUUGUCACCAACCUUGCAUCCUUACCAUCAAACUUGAACCUCAUUCCUAUCAUAAAAGGCGAUUCAAGAAGCAUUCAAGACGAUUUCAUUAUCAAUUCAAACCUCAAAAAAUUACAAUGCUGUGGUAGAUCUUUGUAUUUGACUACCAAUAAAAUAUCGGAUGCAAAUGAGGACAAAUUCAGACACAUGUAUAAAGUGGAAAGUGAUAACAUUCCAAUCAAAUUUGCCAUCAGAGAGCUCGUCAAUGUGAUACAAACUUGCUUAUUCUAUUUCGAUUUGCUCGACGCGAAAUAUUGUGAUGGAUUGUUGUGCAACAAGACAGAAGAGGCUAUCCUUAAUUGGUGGAACUUAAUAGGCUUGCCUCAUUUCAACGUCAAGCCAAAUCCCAAGAAUGGAAUCUUGCCUUCAAGAAGUGUCGCAGCUAUUAUUAGUUUGACCAUAAGUGUUAAAUUAAGAUUGCAACUUGUCGGAGGUUGCGACGUUCCAAAGGACCCCUUUGAUUUCGAAAACUUUAUGUUGUCAAUUGGUCAGUUCCAAAGGCAGUAUAAAUUGGAGAAGAGACGCAAAUUGGAUCUUGAAACUUUAAACAAGUUAUUCUCAGUGACAAAUACCAGACUCUUGCCUGAGAAGUAUAGAAAUUACAUUGGAACCUCAAACAUAGAUAACUUUGAAGACCAGGAUACCCAAUUCUCGGGAAAUACACUAAGUCCAACUUCUCAAAGAAAGGGUAAGAAUUAUUAUAGUAUGGAGCUUAAGAAGUUGACUAAUGUUGUCAAAAACACUGUUCAAGAUAUACAAGCGGCAUCCAGAGAUAAUGACGACAUGCCCAAUGGUAAAUCCUCUGGUGGAAGAAUUAGGAGUAAAAUUGCAAAGUUGGCAGACAACAUAAGUCCAAUCGAUGUCGAGACACUCGAUCUAGAAUUGUUGGUUAAGCAUUAUCUCACAGGGAAAACCUUGACUAGGCUCUUUUACGGUUUGAAUGAUUCAUUCACAAAUCAAAAGGUAAAUGGUAAUUUUCUGAGAGGGACUGAAUCCGGUGACAAAGAGUAUGGCCACAAUCAAUACUCAAAACGUUUAAAGCCCCAUAGCCAUCAUCACAGACACAGGCAGUACUCUGCAAACUCGUCAGCAAAGCAAUACAAGUUCACAAGUUUAAAAGAUAAAAUAACUUCUACUCAGAAGUCGAUGAUAUCUGGUGGUUCAUCGUCAGAUCUUUCCAAAUACUCGAGGGGUUUCAACAAAAUGAAAAUAGGUCUCUCUAAUAGGAAGAUCUUGGGAUCUAAUGGAAAGCGUAAUGGAAGCGAUGAUGAUUCUAAUCCCAUGCCAUUUGCUAUUGACAACAACCACAGGUUUGACGACAGAUCUCCCAUAAACCAUGACAUGAUGUUAAAUUCUUCGAUUCUCGACUCCUCCCUACAGAUUCCAGCAGAAAUUAAUAAUGUGGAUGGUAAAAGUGUGAUUUCUCGAGCUUCAAGCAAUAAAAACACAUUUACACCAUUGGAAAAACUUCACCAUCGUUUGAAUCGGAGAAACUCUUACCCGAACUUAAUUCCUAAGGAAACGAAUCUUAAUAUUCUUGAAUUUUCAAAGAAAGAACGAGGUGUCAAUCAACAGGAUGUACUGAUGCCUAUGAGAUUCAGGAGUGCAAGUCUAUCAAAAAUUGAGAUUCCUGUGUCUCAAAUUGAACAAGGUGAUCCGGUAUCUAUCGAGAAGUUCAGCCAUAGAUAUAUUUCAGGUGUUGAUGAAUUAAUCAAGUACGAAAAUCUACUUAGCUACUACGAAUCUGACAAUUCCAGCAAUCCUUCGAGUUCUCUUGCAAAUACGGACACGAUACCAACGGAUAUAGUAACAACUUCUAAGGUGAAGAAGAAGUACAAUUACUUAAACCUAGAGCUUAUUAAAUUGAGGAAUAUUUAUCAACAGAUGCACUCUUCAAAAUCAAAAAUAGUCGAUGAAGAUUUGAUGAAUGACCUCAAAUAUAAUAUUGAAGAUUUGAAAGGAACUGUUGACAGACUAGUUUAUGAAACUAGAAUCGUCAACAAGAGAAUCAACGAAUUGGACGAAAGCUGCAAGGUAUUAGACAUCAAGUUAAAUGACCAAUGCAAAUCCAAAUUAAGUGAUUUAAUUAGCAACUUGAUAAAUCUGAGGAAGUUCAAUGAAGUGUUCAAAAAUGAUGCCGAGAAAAAGGAUAUUAUGAAAAAAUUGAUUGGCAAUAAUGAGAACGCGUUUGAAACUACCAACACCAACACAAAUGACAACAUUUUGAAAGUCAUUAUAACUUUCAUUUAUGAGAUGGUUUUAUUUAUCUUCCAUCUUUUUAAAUUUGACGGCACCAAUAUGAACCUAGACAGAAUCAGGCAAUCUUGGGUCAAACUUGAUCCUAAUAGAAAAAUCAUAAAUCGUGCAUACUCCUAUGUCGGUAGGGAGCCCUCUAGAUCUAGUGUGACAUCAAUCGAAUUGGGAGAUUGAGUCCCGGCGACUCUAAAUUAAACUCAGACAGCUUGUUACCAAAUGUCUCUAAUGCUAAUUGCUGAACUUCCAUUCCUCGCUUAACACAUUAUUUAAUACUUUAAUCAAUGCAUUCACUUCAU